AAAGUCCACAGGAGGUUUACAUUCAGGCUGCACUUCAGCUUCUCAGAAGUUAGAAGGGUCAUUUAAAAAGCUAAAAAGCUCUGCACUAUAACUCAUCUGUCUUGCAAAGACUUAAGCAUCAGGUUUACUCUUACACAGGUUGUGGCUCCUUUGACACCUCUGAGGAUUGCUUGUUGAUACUUUCAUUUUACAGACUCACCGAGGCAAAGACCACUUUCUUAGAAGGCCAUCAACCCUUGUGUAGCCUGGAGACCCAGCAAUCCUGGUGUCUGGGCUAUAGAAACAGAGCAACUGUGAUGGAGGGGGGGGAAGCUGCAGAAAUUUUAGUAAAUCCAGAGUUACUGAUGAGCCCUCGUGUUCCCUGUGGAGCAGCAGAGCCCCUGCAUCUGAAAGCUGAGCACUACCAAGCAACGAGAGCAAAAGGCAGCUGAAGCAAUCAGAGCACUUUGAAGAGAGCAAGAUGAGAUCAUUUCACACUCUUCUUUUGGAAGAGGUGGUCAGAGGAAAUGGAUAGCUAUUCAGACUUCGCUGCAAAGAACCUCUCAUCUUCAGCUAAUAUGUCUCUUUCUUUGCCUGGACAAGAUGGACUCAAUACCACCGGCGGUACUCCUUCUAUGUCAAUAAGCAGGCUUUUCCCAGCCCUGUUGGAAUGCUUUGGAAUAAUUCUUUGUGGCUACAUAGCUGGAAGAGCCAACAUUAUCACAUCAACUCAGGCCAAAGGACUGGGAAAUUUUGUGUCCCGCUUUGCACUCCCGGCUUUACUGUUCAAAAACAUGGUGGUACUUAAUUUUUCUAAUGUGAAUUGGUCCUUCCUGUACAGUGUUUUAAUUGCCAAAGCUGCUGUGUUUUUUUUAGUCUGUGUUUUAACACUGUUAGUAGCCAGUCCUGAGAACCGAUUUAGCAAAGCAGGUUUGUUCCCUAUUUUUGCUACACAAAGCAAUGAUUUUGCACUGGGAUAUCCAAUAGUUGAAGCUUUAUAUCAAACCACUUACCCAGAGUAUCUCCAGUACAUUUACCUAGUGGCUCCAAUAUCUCUUAUGAUGCUAAACCCCUUGGGGUUUAUCUUCUGUGAAAUCCAGAAGUGGAGGAAUAAUCGCACUGUGUCACAGAGCAAAAUCAAAAUAGUGGGCCUAGCACUCCUUCGAGUUUUGCAGAACCCAAUUGUAUUCAUGGUCUUCAUAGGAAUUGCCUCAAACUUCAUUCUUGGCCAGAAAAUUCCUGAAUACCUUGAAAACUUCCUUGAUGGACUGGGGAGUUCAUUUUCUGGCUCUGCACUUUUUUAUCUUGGACUGACUAUGGUGGGACAAACCAAAAAACUGACAAAGGGUAUGUUUGUUGCACUGAUCCUUCUCAUCACAGCUAAACUGCUCAUGAUGCCAUUUCUCUGUAGAGAGAUGGUGGAGCUCUUGGACAAGAGUGACAGCGUGGUCAAUCACACCAGUUUAUCAAACUAUGCAUUUCUUUAUGGAGUUUUUCCAGCAGCACCUGGUGUCGCAAUAUUUGCAAGUCAAUUUAAUAUGGAAGUAGGAAUUAUUACCUCAGGCAUGGUGAUAAGCACAUUUGUGUCUGCCCCCAUAAUGUAUGUUUCUGCAUGGCUGCUGACCAUCCCAUCCAUGGACCCCAACCCACUGGCAGCUGCACUCCAGAACGUCAGCUUUGACAUCAGCAUCGUCAGCCUCAUCUCUCUGACCUGGUCUCUUACUGUUGUUGUUCUCAGUAAGAAAUACAAACAGCUUCCUCAUAUGAUUACAACAAAUCUACUUGUUGCUCAGUUUAUUGCUUGCAUUGGAAUGGUGGCAUGGAAUUUCACUGUUCAAGAGAAAGACAUCACCAUACAGAUCCUCGUAUUUAUAUUCCUCUACAGCUCACUUUAUAGCACCUACCUAUGGACAGGUUUUCUAUCUUUUUCUUUGUUUCUGUUGAAGAAGAGAGAAACAGUAAAGAUUCCCAUUGGGUUUAUCAUCAUAGCUGGAUGGGGAGUCCCAACAGUUCUGGUAGGAAUCUUACUAAUUGUUGGUGAACGUAACAAUACUAGUAUUGACUCUGCCUUUUUCUAUGGAAAACAUCAGAUAAUUACCACAGCAGUGGUACUGUUCAUCAGUAUAUUGAUGUCAGGUAUCUCGCUGAUGUGCAUGAACAGAAGUAGGCAAGGGUCCAGCUAUGGAGUGUUGAACCCAUACUCACCACGUAGCUCAGUGGAGGAGGUUGAAGUGGGAGGGAGUGGGCAGAAUCAUAUUUCAGCCACUGUGACUCAGUCUUCUCCAGAAUCCUCUGCACAGUCUUCUCCAGAAUCUUCUUCACAGUCUUCUCCAAGAUCUUCUGCACAGACAUCUGCAGAAAGAGGUUGCUGUUCUUGUCAAACAACAAAUGGUGAAUUAUCCUGUGCUGAAGGCAGCAAAGCAGUGUCAAACACUGUUGAAAGCAAGGUUCCUCCAAUUGAGACAGUGGAUCAGUGUGUGAAUCACUGCAGUGCUCAAACAUGUGUGUUGGCUCAGGAAGAGCAGCUUCUACAGACUGGAGACAAACAGCUGGCCAGACACGUGCUGCUCUGCUUACUUCUUAUAGUUGGCCUAUUUGCUAAUCUCUCCAGUUGCUUGUGGUGGCUGUUCAACCAAGAGCCUGGAAGGCUGUAUGUGGAAUUGCAGUUCUUCUGUGCUGUGUUUAAUUUUGGUCAGGGUUUCAUUUGCUUUGGUAUUUUUGGCUUAGAUAAGCAUUUAAUCAUUCUGCCAUUCAAGCGAAGACUUGAGUUUUUCUGGGGCAGAAAAGAAGCAGCAGGGCAUACAGAUGCCUGUGUACCAGAGGAAAUCAGGAUGACCUGUCAGCAGUUUGUUCGUUAUCAUAGAGAUCACUGUGUCAAAAGUAUUGUCAGAGGCAGAAGGUGUGGUGCAAAGAUCUCCACUGGCAUCUUCUUUGGCUGUGACCUGGUGAACUGGCUCAUGCAAGUUGGCCUUGCCUCUGACCGUGGAGAAGCUGUGGUGUAUGGGGACAGGCUGCUGAAAGGAGGUGUCGUCCAGCACAUAACGAAUGAAUUUGAAUUUCGGGAUGAAUACUUGUAUUACCGCUUUAUUCCGAAGAAAUCAAUUGCAGCUGAGAGCCAUUGACCUGAGCCAUUGAAAGGACAGGUAGUUGGUGUGAGUGUGACCACCUCCUCUGCCUUCACUACUGAAAUUGGAAGUAUUUCUUUAUCAGAGCUCUCAGAGAACUGUGUUACUCUCCCUUGUAAAAUUAAGAGAUGUGGUUCUAUUUGUAUCUAUUCUGAGGAAAAUGGCAAAAAGUUAUAUUUAAUCAGCAUUCCAGCCAGAAUGCUACUAAACAAAACCAGAUGCUCUGGAUUUAGAACAUUUUUUCCAUUUUGAGCAAAACAAAUAGUAAAAUGGUAUGUGUCACUGUUGUAUUUUAGAGGCAUUAUAGCUGCAGCUUUAAUACUGAUGCCACAAUAAGGAAAAAAAAAAACCCUGUGAAAGGUAUUUUUCAUGUUGCUGGAUGUUCUCCACAUUUUAGUGUGAUGAAAUAUUGAUGCCUGUUUACAGUCAGGCUUUCCCCUGACUUCACGGAAGUAGGAUUUCUUCUGUCAUACCUCAGUUUUUACUACUCUGCUCUUGUCUAACACCAGGAAGUAUUUUUUAGCUGCUUACACCUGAGAUCAGGUGGGUUUUGCCUCCCUUAAAGAUAAAAUACUCCAAUUAAAAAGAUAGAAUUGCUGUGACAAUGUUUCCAGUAUCCAGAGGAUUAAAGCUGGGCAAAUACCGAGCAGAAUAAGCAAUGGUUUUGUACAAAUCUGCCAAAUCUUAAAACCAUAGAAAUAUUCAGCACUAUCCCAAAACAGGAAAUUAUAUAAUGGAAUAAACAAUUAGUUUUGAAAUUUUGCCUUAUGGUGGUAGUAACAGCUUUAUCAAGAGCAGGUUUUUACAUUCUGAAAUUAGCCUUUACUUAAAUCAGAAGUGCCAGCCUCAAGUACAGAUUUUAUGGAAGCCUUGGGUACAUGUGCAAGUCAAGACAAAUUCUUUUUUCAAAUUAUAAAACUUUUUAAAUUAAAUUAAAGACUUUUAAAUAUAUAAUAUAAAGAAUCCUAAAUGGACAUCCAGAUUAGGGUUUAGAGUAGCUAAAUAUCCUAGAUUUUAGUUGAUUGCCUAACACAGGUUUCUAAUAAACCUCAGGUAUCAUCCUGCUAGUUACUUUAGUGUCACUGAGAUUCCUGUGCACUAAAGGCACAGUCUGAGGACCUGUGUGUCUUCUGCAAUAUUUUGAAAAGGUUAAAAACAAAGUAUUGUAUCUGAUAGCUAUUAUGCUGCCCUUUUAAAACUGCAAGAACUGCAUUUAUAUGUCUAUAUAAAAAUUUUAUGUAGUGAGGGAAAGGAAUCCAAUAUUAAAAAUUAUUUGCUCAAGCAUAUGAAUAACUCUUCUCAUCAUUUUUUUAAAGUCUUUCCCUUAUUUUUUUCCUCUUUUUUAGUACACAGAUUUUUAUUACAGCUACUUUUGCAUCUAUUUUGUAUUAAGAACUUAAAGUGAUUUUAGCAGCAUAAGCUACUAUUCAACAAGCAGUUGUUUUAUGGUUGCUAUAAUUUCCUGCAAGACUUAAAUUGAAAAAAUAACUCCUUUUACUGUCAGUCUGAUUGCAGUGUGCACAUAAACAUAACAUCCUACUGCUUAUGUAUGCUGUACAACCUGGUCUAUUUUAAUGUUUACCAUCAACAAUAUAAUUGAUGUUUGUGUCAGGCUGUGGCCACAAAGGAAAGCAUUGGCAUAUUUCCAUUAUGAAGACAGCUGCAUCAAAUGUUUGGAAAUAAUUAGAUAUAUGUGACUUAAGAGCAGAAACUGCAAGUAUGUCUGGCUUCUAAAUACUGCAACUUGUCAAUAAAUCUGUUACUUGAUUUCA